CUGAAGCAGCUGCUGAGAGUUGGCUGCUGAUUGCAGUGUAGGAAAAACCAGGUGAAACCCAGCCAGAGGCAGACUCGGGUGUGAAAAUGAUUGAUCGCAAAGAGGAUCUGAAGCCAGAAAAAAGUGCGAGACAGGUUCCUAGAUGGCUCCAGAAAGUGUUGCUGGGUGUUCCUGCCGCCGUCCCUCGAGCUGAAGGAGCAGCACGAAAAUCGGACUCUGUUGAAGUUCUGUGUUAUUUUAACAGAAUAAAUGUAAGAGUCAAAAGGAAGGUCUUUAAAUCUGAGGAUGCACACACAUAUUUAUCCCUAGGAAGUUGUCCUGUCAGCCAAAUUCAUGAAGACCACUACAGCUUUUUGUACUAUCUGAAAACUGACUGUGGAUUCAAAAAAGAGAGUUUCCCAGAUUAUUUUUCAGUCAGUAUUUUGCUCCACUAUAAUCCAACUGGCCCAGUUUUGAGGGAAAUGCCAUUCGACAUUCCUCUGCAGUGCAAAUACCACAGGUUGUUUUACUCGUACAAAGUUGGCUUUCACCCCAAACCACAAGAAGGAACUGUUUACACGAAACUUCUAUCAAACGGCAAUUUCUCCUUUUCUCCUCCAGAUGCUGCAGGAGUGAGGUCGAUCACCAGCAGAAAAAUCUACAACUUGGGGGAUCCAAUGCACUUUGAGGUCAAUGGGCAUGACAAAACUGGAAAGAAGAGGAUUUACAUCAAUAAGUGCUUCGUGACUGCCUCUCAAGACCCCUACUCACAUCCUCGAUACACAGUCAUCGACAACAAAGGCUGUAUGGUUGAUAGUAAGGUGUCAACACAGUCCAAAUUCCUCACUGGUGACUCGAAAACGACACAGAAAUUCAGCGUGGGGGCCUUUCUUUUCAAACGGGGUGCUUCCACCACUUCUCCACAGGAAUUCUCCAUGCACUGCGAGAUGUCUGCAGGGCCACCCAUUCCAACUCCCAGCUCAAAGGCAUGCAAUUAUGAUGAAGCUACUCAGACGUGGAAGGAGCUCUACGGUAAGGACAGUGUGUGUGACUGUUGUGAGUCAACAUGCCAGUCAGCAGAACCAGCGGGAGGGUCUGAGAAGGUCGUCUCCAGUCACUCUUGGAAACUUGACUGAAGAUAAAUCAGAGGAAGCUGGCCACCUGAUAUCUUCUGCCGACACUAAUCCAGUCAUC